UCUGAAUUUCCUAAGUGCAACCUUGCAAUUUCCUUGUUGCCCCCAAAACCCAAUCCAUCCCGUCUCUCUCUGGCCUCGUCAGUGUCAGAGCUGACGUCACCACCCAAGUUGGUUGGCUUCAAUGGUGUCGUCCCCUGCAUGCACAUGGAAAGGGACGGGACGCAAAUAUCGGCAGUCGCCUACUUCGACCAAGAAGAAGGAACAAGUGCGAGGCCCAAGAAAAAAGUUGUCUCUGCUUGUAUCGCCCUUCUUGUCCCACUCCUCUGCCGGAAGCUUCUGCCUUUCAGCUCCUGGAGCUGGAAGGUUUUCUUGCUAUAUGCAAUCCGGCCAUCAGUCGUUCGAUCAUUUGCUUCUGUGACCAAGCGGGUGACUUUCUGGGCAUACCGUGUUCUGUUAUUCACUGGGUCUGAGUUCCUCUUGCUGCGAAAUGGGAAAGAAAAGGGUGAUGGUGCCAGCAGAGAGCUUGGACCUGUCCGCUGUCAAGUACGAGCCUCCCGUUGUUCAAGGUCCCCAUUUGACGGGUUUCUUAUUUAAGCUGUUUGCCAAGCUUGUCGAGGCGCCGGUCAUCGGUUCGCUGAUGAUAUCUUCCAUGAAGAAGCAAAUGAAAAUGGAUUUUUUGAAGAUGACUGAGGUACCGGAGUCGCCGAUGUUCAGGCCUGAAUUUCCUCCUCAAGAGCCAGAGCCCAAUGUGGUUUUAUUAGAUGAAGAUUGCAAACCUGAAGAUCGCACUGAUUUUGCCUUGAAAUGUCUCCCGGACUACAGUCCCCCCAGCUCCUUAAACAGAGAGCAUAGCGCAUUCCGCUACUGGAAGAUACGGGAUUAUGCUUAUGCUUAUCGUUCUAAGCUUGUAACCCCGGCCACUGUUGCUGAGCGCAUAAUUGCCAUUAUCGAAGAACUUAGCCAGAGAAAUCCUCCAGCUCCUUUAUUAAUUUCCUUUGAUGCCGAGGAUGUACGAAAACAAGCAGCAGCUUCAACAAAGAGGUUUGAGGAAGGGAAGCCAUUAUCGGUCUUGGACGGUAUUUUUAUUGCAAUCAAGGACGACAUCGGCUGUUAUCCGUAUAUCUCAAAGGUUGGUACAAGAUGGUUGCACAAGGUCAGUUCUGACAAUGGUGAUGCAGCUUGUGUCUCAAAAUUGCGAAGCUGUGGCGUAGUUCUCUUGGGGAAGGCCAAUAUGCAUGAAGUACGAAUGGGGGCAAGUGGAAACAAUCCAAACUACGGAACUGCAAGAAACCCUCAUGAUCUAGACAGAUAUACGGGAGGAUCUUCCUCAGGAUCAGCAGCAAUUGUAGCUUCUGGGCUAUGUCCCGCUGCACUUGGAACCGAUGCAGGAGGUUCAGUGCGUAUUCCUUCUUCCCUAUGCGGGGUGGUGGGCUUGAAGUCAACAUUUGGACGAACAGAUAUUGGCGGGUCAUUCUGUGAUUUUAGCACUGUGGAAAUUAUUGGACCAAUUACAUCAACUGUGGAAGAUGCCAUGCUGGUGUAUGCUGCUAUUCUCGGUGCCUCUCCUGCCGAUAGAAUCUGCUUGCAACCUUCUGUGCCUUGUCUGCCCAAUCUGCAAAACUCUGAUAUUUUCGGGCCAGUGAGACUUGGGAAGUAUACCACGUGGUUUAACGACGUACACUCAACUGAUAUCUCUGAUACAUGUGAAGAUAUCCUCAGUCAGCUCUCAAAGAUCCAUGGCUGUGAAGUAGUAGAGAUUGUAAUACCAGAGUUGCUCGAGAUGCACACUGCUCAUGUAGUUGCAAUGGGCACUGACAUGAUACAUUCAUUGGAUCCUUACUGGGAGGACAGCGGUAAAGGUGCGAAGUUCACAUAUGAUACACGGAUAAAUAUAGCACUAUUGAAGUCGUUUAGUGCUUCAGAUUAUGUUGCUGCGCAGUGUCUUAGACGAAGAAUGAUGCACCAUCACAUGGAUAUUUUCAAAAAAGUUGAUGUCAUAGUAUCGCCCACAACUGGAAUGACAGCGCCUGAAAUACCACCUAGCGCUCUCACAUCUGGCGAGACGAAUCUGCCAGUCACAGGUAGUCUUAUGCGGUUUACUGUUGCAGCAAACUUCCUGGGUUUCCCUGCUAUUACUGUCCCUGUUGGGUAUGAUAAACAGGGCCUCCCAAUUGGUCUGCAAUUCAUGGGCCGUCCAUGGGGUGAAGCUUCUAUUCUACGUCUUGCUUACGCAGUUGAGGAACUAUGUUCUUCUCGGAAGAGACCUGCAUCAUUCUUCGAUGUCUUGCAAGCAAACUGAAGCUGGAAAAUUGUUGCUUCUGUUUGGUCACUGUCAAUCACCAGCCGUAAUGAGUGAGAGUGUCCCGAUUCAACUGCAAAUAAAAAGGUUGUAAUAUGAGGAUUCUGGUCCGCGAAUAGCGUUCGUGCAGAAGAUUCCUUCCUUGCCGGGUAUAGGAGAGUACAUUUUUCAGAAGAAAUUGGAGAAUUUCCAUUAUCAGAGCAUGCCUUAACUAGGGAGGAGUUUCCCUUUUCACCUCAUGUGGUGGAUGAGCUACUACAACCUGAAACAGCCACCCGGAAACGACUCAUCAUCGGAGCUGUCGGUCAUAUCACUGCUCCGAUAAUCAGAUUACACUCGGAUAAGCGACACACCUGGCACUACAUAUAUGCAGAUUUUACCCGAAUCCUUGAAUCCGAACUUCUCAUUCCUAUCUGCGAUCUCGUACCAUUGAUGUUCUCAUUUCUCCGA